AUGGGAAAGGCAGAUGAGACUGUCGAUAUCGCUUUCAAUCAGGAACACGACAAGCUCUUGUCGCAAAAGAAGAUGAUGAAGCGUAUGAUCAAGAACCUCAAGGAGUACGGAAAGGCCUUGCGCGUGAUCAGCACGUCCCACACUGUCCUGGGUGAGGGCGUUGCUACCUUCUACGAACCUACCAAUGCUCUGUAUCAGGUCAACUUGAAGAAUCAGCAAAUCAUUUUCGACGUGGACUCUGCAAGACAGAAUCUGGAAGAUGCGGUUGAUGCCGACAUCAUCGUGCCGAUGACAGCCUACAUCGGCCAGUACAACGAAAUUAUUGUGCGAUGCAAGGAGAGGAACCGUCGCCGUGUCGAUAUGGAUCGCUUCAAGGCUGAGGUGCGCGAUCUCACACUUCAUCCUCCCGAAAAGCACCCCGACAAGCUUCCUAAGGCGCAACGCAACUAUGCCCUGGCCAAGGCGGCGUUCGAAGAGCUUAACACUGAGCUCCUGCGUGACAUCCCCCUCCUCUACGCCGAUCGACUCAAUUUCUUCGAUCCCUGUUUCGCCACCCUCAUUGCGGCUCAGACGAUGUACUACACGACGGCCUACAACCUGUUUUCUGACGUGGCCAACCAGCUGUCGCACAUCGACCGCACGGCCGUGCACAGGCACCCACGCGUCAUCACUGAAAACAGCGCCGCGAGCAAGAAGGUCUUCUCCAAGGACGACGGCGACAUCGAAGCUGCCACCUCGACCUACCAGGCCUACAACACAAACACGGCUGUGCCGCUCAACACGCCUCCACCCUCCUCUGGUGGCGGCCUCUACGGUGGCCGCUCGCCUGCUCCCCAGGCACACCCCGCGCCCGGCGGCUACGGCGGCGCACCUCCCCAGAACAACAACGCACCCGGCGGCGGCUACGGCGGCGCACCGCCGCAGCACAACAACGCACCCGGCGGCGGCUAUGGCGGCGCACCGCCGCAACACAACAACGCGCCCGGCGGCUAUGGCGCCCCGCAGGCAGCACCCAGCGGCCGGUCCCUGCCCACGCCUGGCCCUCGCCUCGGUGUGCCCGGCCGGCCGUCGAACCCGCCGGCGGUCGUGCGACAGCCACAGGCGCGAGCCCUCUACCCGUUCCAGGCGGGCGGUCCGCAGGAGCUUAGCUUCAACCCGGGCGAGAUGCUCACCAUCCACAAGCAAUCGGGCGACUGGUGGGAGGCUGAAUCUAACGGCAGACGCGGUCUCAUCCCGGCCAACUACGUGCAGCUCGUGUGA